AUGCUUAGGGAUCAUUCUAAUAAUGGUCUUGGUGGUGUUGUUAAUGGGGUUUUGAAUUCGAGAUUUGAUGGGUUUAGAAAGAUGGGUCGAGUAGAGGCAUAUGGGAAGAUGACAAUGAUUAGUGAUGAGGAUGGAGAUGGUUUCGUUUUUGGGUCUGCUUCAGCGGCUUACCAGUGUGAAGGUGAAACAAACAGAAGUGGUAAAGGGCCCAACAUAUGGGACACUUUCAUUGAGGAGCAUACAGAGAGGAUAACCGACCAUAGUAAUGCAAAUGUGGCCGUUGAUUUCUAUCAUCGCUAUAAGGAAGAUGUGCAAAGAAUGAAGGAAAUGGGAAUGGAUGCUUUCAGAUUCUCUAUUUCUUGGUCUAGAGUGUUGCCACAUGGUAGACUAAGUGCAGGAACAAACGAAGAAGGGAUCCAAUUUUACAACAAUCUCAUCGAUGAGCUCAUAAAAAAUGGUAUACAGCCCUAUGUAACCCUCUUUCAUUGGGACACUCCACAAGCACUUGAAGAUAAAUAUGGUGGUCUUUUAAGCCCUAACAUUUUAAAUGAUUUCCGAGACUUUGUGGAUCUUUGCUUCCAAAAAUUUGGAGACCGAGUGAAGAAUUGGAUCACUUUAAAUGAGCCUUUUAUUUUCAGCGUCAAUGGUUAUGACACGGGCACAAUUGCACCUGGUAGAAUUUCAACUCUGGAGAACUCAUGUCCAGGCCAACCCAAAAUCUCAGGUGCCACCGAGGUUUACAAAGUGACCCAUCAUCUAUUGCUUGCUCAUGCAACAGCUGUGAAAGUAUACAAGGAAAAAUAUCAGGCAUGUCAAGGAGGACAAAUUGGAAUAACUCUCGUUUCUCAUUGGUUUGAACCUUACUCAAACAGUGAAGGUGAUCAGAAUGCAGUUAAACGAAGCCUUGAUUUUAUGCUUGGAUGGUACAUGAGUCCUUUAACUAAAGGUGACUAUCCGCAGAACAUGCAUGACUAUGUUGGAGGAAGAUUGCCUAAAUUCAGUGAAGAGGAAUCUAAGAUGCUGAUAGGAUCUUAUGACUUCAUUGGAAUCAAUUACUAUACUACAUAUUACGCUCGGAAUGUUGAGGAUGUUAAUUAUAAAGAUAUUGGCUUUAUGGAAGAUGCUCGUCUCACUUGGCCAGGGGAGAGAAACGGAAUACCAAUUGGUCCACAGACAAACGCAAGCUGGCUAUAUAUUCAUCCUGAAGGUAUUCGCCACCUAUUGAAUUAUAUAAAGGACGAGUAUGGAAAUCCAACAAUAUAUAUAACUGAAAAUGGAGUUGAUGACGUGAAUUCCUCAUCAUUGGAGGAAGCCCUCAAUGAUCCCAUAAGAGAGAAAUCUUUCAAAGACAUUUUUCACAAUGUUCUCAAAUCCAUCAAGUGA